AUGCCAAAAAACAAAGAAAAACGUGGUAAAAAUGAAAAUGAUGAUGUGAAACGUAAAUUAAUACUUAAAGAUGAUAGACAAUCUUAUGCACAAGUAACACGUGUUUUGGGUAAUGAUCAUAUAGAAGCAUUGUAUUUCGAUAGUACCAGUGGAAAAGAAAGAUUAUGCCAUAUCCAUGUUAAACUACAUUAUCAAGAUGAUAAAGCAGAUGUUAUUCUGAAAUAUCAUGUUGAUGAAGUUCGUAAAUUGAAACGUUUGCGUGAAAUUCCAGCUAAUAUUAAUAGUUCUCCUCUACUAACAGAUGUUAAUGAUGAAUUGGACCAAGUCAUUACUUUUGACGAUAGAUAUAAUGGUGAAGCAUCAAACAAUGAUCAGAAAGAAUUACCGUAUAACAUAGGAAACGAACUAGCUGGUAAUAGUAGUCUAUCUGAAGAAGAAUCACACGAUGAUGAAGAUGAUAGUAUCAAUUUUUUCUAA